GGAUUACCGGCCACUCUGAAUUAUUCAAGCAAUUUAAAGUAUCAUGUCUGGAAGAGGUAAAACCGGUGGCAAAGCCAGGGCGAAGGCAAAGACCCGCUCAUCCCGUGCCGGACUCCAGUUCCCCGUCGGCCGUGUGCACAGACUUCUCCGCAAAGGAAACUAUGCUCAUCGCGUCGGUGCCGGAGCUCCCGUCUACCUGGCGGCGGUGCUCGAGUAUCUUACCGCUGAGAUCCUGGAGUUGGCUGGCAACGCCGCCCGGGACAACAAGAAGACCCGUAUCAUCCCUCGCCACCUGCAGCUGGCCGUCCGCAACGACGAGGAGCUGAACAAACUCCUCGGUGGCGUGACCAUCGCCCAGGGCGGUGUGCUGCCCAACAUCCAGGCCGUUCUUCUGCCCAAGAAGACCGAGAAGCCCGCCAAGAAGUAAACCCCCAACCUGCCUUCAGAACCCAAAGGCUCUUUUAAGAGCCACCCUACUAU